GAGAGAGAGAGAGAGAGAGAGAGAGAGAGCUGCGGACUGAUAGCUGCGGACUGAGAGCGAGGAGUAGUGCGUUUACAAUGCGUGAAUAGAUUAAACCAAACGCAGGAACUGAAUUUGGGAGGGUGGUGCGGGCACACUGUGCGAGAACCAAACCGAGGAGAUAACCGACAGUGAAGCUUACCUACGCAGCUCAAAAUACGACGUGCUAUGGGGGACCUACGCGAGAUGGACUGUCCGGUGGUGAAGCGGUUAUUAAAGGACGACAGUGCCAAGUGCCUGCUGCUGGACUGCCGCUCUUUCCUCGCCUUCAACGCGGGACACAUCCGCGGAGCCGUCAACGCCCGCUGUAACACUAUCGUUCGCCGCAGGGCCAAGGGCUCCGUGCUCAGCCUGGACCAGAUACUGGCCGGGGACGAGGAGGUCCGUGAACGCCUCCGCUCCGGGAUGUACUCCGCCGUGGUGCUGUACGACGAGAGGACGCCGGACUCGGAGACGGUGAAAGAGGACAGCACGCUGACUCUGGUGCUCAACGCGGUGUGCAGCGACUCCUCCGGAACACUCAUAUACCUGCUGAAAGGUGGAUACGACAGGUUUUUCUCAGAGUACCCAGAGUUUUGUAUAAAGACCAAAUCCUUACCGCCCCUCACCAGCCAGUCCAGCGUCGACUCUUCCUGCUCGUCUUGUGGGACGCCGCACCACGACCAGGGCGGCCCGGUGGAGAUCCUCCCGUUCCUCUACCUCGGCAGCGCCCUCCACGCCUCAAAGAAAGAGGUUUUGGACGCCACAGGAAUCUCCGCCCUGCUGAACGUGUCCGCCGACUGUCCCAACCACUUCGAGGGGGCGUACCAGUACAAGUGUAUCCCUGUGGAAGACAACCAUAAAGAGGACAUCAGCUGCUGGUUCCUGGAGGCUAUUGAGUUCAUAGAUUCGGUAAGGGACUCCAGUGGGCGGGUCCUGGUCCAUUGUCAGGCGGGCAUCUCCCGCUCCGCCACCAUCUGCUUAGCCUACCUGAUGAAGAGGAAGAGGGUGCGUCUGGACGAAGCCUUUGAGUUUGUGCGGCGGCGGCGCAGCAUCAUCUCCCCCAACUUCAGCUUCAUGGGCCAGCUGCUGCAGUUCGAGUCGCAGCUCCUCGCCACCUCGUGCGCUGCCGAGGCGGCCGCCACGUCCUCCACGGUCACCACGGUGACGUCGGCCACGCCCACCUCUCCGUUCAUUUUUAACUUCCCUGUUUCCGUGGUGAACCCCGCCUACCUGCACCACGGCCCACUCACAACGUCCCCCGGAUGCUGAUGGUUAGCCAAUCGCAGCCUUUACCCAAUUAACUGACUCACAGACUGGGCUGCCAUUGGCUGGAAGAUCUGUCAGUCUUACUGACCGGUAUGUACAUGCUUCCAGGACAGGGAGGUGAGAAGCGUCACGGUGCCUGAUUCAAAACUCGAAGACUGAACAAAUGUUUUUACAGAAACCAGCCAACGCUCCUUCCAUUUUAACACAAGGUUUCUUCAAAUAGACCAAAAAUGAACUGUCUUUCAAAUGUAAAGUGUCAGACUGACGUCAACAGAAGACACACACUCUUCUUUGAAACUCAACAACAUGCACUGACACAGAGGCAUGAGCAGCAGCAAAACACUCUCUCGCUCUGCCUCGCACACACACACAUUCAUGACUACCAACUGAAUAAGCUCAGUAUGAAGACAGGGUCGGUUGCUAUGGAGAGGACAGGUCUUUAGGAGAGGAGAUGGACACAGGAAGGAAGGAGAAUUUUAAGCACCCGCUCUUUCCCCUUUGGGUGUCCCUCCUGUUGGCAGAUGGAUGGAAAAGAGAGGCGAGGAGACGGUGAUAGAAAGCAGGAGCCUCUUCCGUGACAGGUGCUCCGACCGGGGCUUCCUGUCUUUCAUACGUCCUCUUCCUCUCUCUGCCCCCCCCCCUACACCGUCCUCUCCCCUCUCAUCUCCCCUUUUCAUCCUUUUAUAUUCCUUCCCUCCUCUCAUCUCUGUGUCUCAUCUUCACCCUGUCCGCCCCCUCUCCUCUGCUCCUCAUCUCCUCACUGAAGAGGCUAAAUAAAUCAAAUAAGAUGCCAAAUGAAGGCCAGGGCCCUGGUAAAUGGACUGGGAAACCCCACUGAAGGGAACAGCUACUGCUACAUUACUAAAACGUUGUUUUUUCGACGAAAGGACAACUGCUAAAAAGCUUUUUUCGAUCAGAGGGCAGAAUUUGAAGCACAGUGAAUCUGCAAGACGACCACGUAAAGGACCAUUCAGCUGGUUAUGUAUGAUUUAACAUCAAUAUUAUUUUUCUUCGCUAUGAACCAUUUCCAAAGAAAUACAUGUGUUUUAAGGUUAUUUUCUGCGAACACUAGCUCCAGUAGGAUGCUUUGGAAAAUGUUGAUGGCUGAAAUGUGCAUCACCCCCGAAUGGUCCUUUACAGAUGUUUGUGCCUUGUUCACAAAGGUAUCCUAAAGAUGUUGGCGUGCUGCUAGAAAGCCGAUUGCUGAAUGUUGGUCAAACAUAACAAACGUCAGCAUUUCAGCAGUACAGACUCUAAUUCCAAAAGGUCUGAAGCUUCUCUCUUCAUCUCUCACAGAUGGAUACAAACAUAAUGUAUUUGAGCAAUUCAAUAUUUGAUAUUAUAAUUCAACAUUUGGAAAGGCCAUUUUUCAGCCUGACCCGCCAUAAAAAAGAAUUAAAGCAGUGUUUUCCAAGGAUACAAAACAAACUUCCUUAACCAUUAAUAGACAUAAACCGAAAAUAAUGAGAAUUUGAACAUGAUGUCUAGAGAAAAAAAUACAUUUGUCAUGUGUGCUUCUACAUCUUUUAUAUGAGAAAAUGUGCGACAAUUUAGAGGCAACAUUUGUUCCUAUCGGCCAUAUUUUCAAAGACAAUGCUGAGCAAACAUCAGGGACCCUAUCCACUAGAGACUGAUUGAUUCCCCCUUUUAAAUCCAUACUGAAAAAAUGAAGCGUGAUGAAGUAAUAAAGAGAAGAGAGCUUUGGGUUUUUACGAAACGUUUUAUAAUCCAAUAAAUGUUAUUAUUUAGUUAUUUAGAUUCUCUGUUUUUGAAGAUUGUCCACACAUCUCCACUUUCUGGGCGUCAAAGCCAAACAUCACGCCAUUUUCAUAAUGUCACACUUUUAGACGAUGUUUGUAUCGCUUCUGCUUUUGACCAGGCUGAGCUUUACACUCUGUGCUAGAAAUCCAAAGGCACAGAACCAUCAUGGUCGCUCACACACACACACACACACACACACACACACACACACACACACACACACACACACACACACACACACACACACACACACACACACACACACACAAAAUCUGUUUCUGUUUUUGAAGAUUGUCGGCACCUAUCUCUGUAGCACUUUGAAGUGAUGCAAUACUGUAUUUAUAAUUUAUGAUUGAUUUGAACAUCAUGGUGAUGGUAAACUGAAUAGACUUUGCAUUUGCUCCAUGUAGGGAGGGAGACAGAGAGAGAUGAGAGAGCCAAUCAGUGAGAAACGCAAUACUUUGUACACAUCUGUGUGGUAAUCGUCUAUUUGUCUGUCUGUCAGCCUGUCUGCCUCUCUGCGUCACUCCGUCUCUCUGUCUGGUCAAUGAUGUUUACCCAUCACGGCAAUAUCAAUCCUCCACUUGGACAUUUAUAUUUAAAAAAAAAAAAAUACAACUUUCCCUCAAUUUUAUUGUGGAAUGAAUUAUCUGUACAUUUAUUUAUUACUGAAG